AUGACCGACCCGAAGGGUGGUACCGACGUCGAAAUGAGCGCCCUGCCACGCAAUCAGUCAGCGAACCGCUUCCAGGUUAACCUUGUCAAUCACGACAACGGUGGCCCGGCGGCGAACGGCAACGGCACGGCCACCGAACCGGCCGCCGAGGACGACGUCUUCCCGGAGGAGAUGGUCAAGCGGCGCACGUCCCGGCUGCAGUCUCUCCGCAGCAGUUUCCGCGCCGACCGGGACCGCGACCGGGACCCGGAGCAACCACGGCAGCGGAAGCACUCGACCCGCUUCAACGUCGAGGGCGGCGAGUCGGACUCGAACGACGACGAGGAGGAUAAUCUGAUCGAUGAGAACCGCUACGCGCGCAGUUUCCGACACUUCACGAGAGAGGCUCUGCCGCGUAUGGACAAUUACCGGAAUAUUCUAUCAUUCCAAGGCAAUCAGAGACCCACACUCGACGAGCUGCAUGAUGCUUCCAUCACUAAUAAGGAAACGAUGCGCCGCGGAACUGUGCACGAACCGGUAGAGUUGGAUGGUACUUUUAAGUUCGGAUGGAUCAAGGGUGUCCUGAUGCGCUGCCUGCUGAACAUCUGGGGCGUGAUGUUGUUCCUGCGUCUCAGCUGGGUAGUAGGACAGGCCGGCAUCGUGCAAGGUGUCGUGCUGAUCCUAAUGACGACCGUGGUGACCUCGAUCACGGCACUCUCCAUGUCCGCCAUCAGUACGAACGGGGUGAUAAAGGGCGGAGGGACGUACUACAUGAUAUCCCGGUCACUUGGGCCAGAGUUUGGUGGGUCGAUUGGGCUUAUCUUCUCCCUUGCAAACGCCGUAGCCUGUGCAAUGUAUGUGGUUGGAUUUUGCGAGUCUAUGAUUGACCUGCUGGCCACGUUUGACCUUUCGAUCGUGGACGGGGCCGUCAAUGACGUGCGUAUCAUCGGGUGCAUCACGAUCGUGAUACUACUGUGUAUCGUGGUCGUCGGCAUGGAGUGGGAGGCGAAGGCCCAGAUCGUCCUGCUCAUCAUCCUGCUGGUGGCCAUCGUGGAUUUCUUUGUCGGCUCGUUCUGGGGACCCAAGUCCGAGCUGGACGUCGCUCGGGGUUUCGUCGGAUACAACGCGACGUUGCUGGUGGAAAAUCUGAAGCCUGAUUACCGGAUGGCCAAGGGUACCCAGCACGACUUCUUCUCCGUGUUUUCGAUCUUCUUCCCGGCGGCGACGGGUAUUCUUGCGGGGGCGAACAUCAGUGGCGAUCUGAAGGAUCCGUCGUCUUCCAUCCCGAAGGGAACGAUCUUGGCCAUUGGGCUCACUACGUUCUCCUACGUCGCAAUGGCUGUUAUCGCUGGUGCUACGGUCUUGCGUGAUGCCACUGGCAACGUUACGGACAUCGUCAACGGAACGUGGGACUUUUCGGACUGUCUGUCGCAGAGCUGUCAGUACGGCCUGCACAACUCCUUCCAGGUGAUGGAACUGGUCUCCCUGUUCGGGCCACUGAUCUAUGCCGGUUGCUUUGCGGCUACCCUCUCGUCGGCUCUUGCUAGUUUGGUGUCGGCUCCGAAAGUCUUCCAGGCGCUCUGCAAGGACAAGCUGUACCCGAAGAUCAGCUGGUUUGGCAAAGGGUUCGGCAAGAAUAAUGAACCCGUACGAGGAUACAUCCUUACGUUCAUCAUUUCUGUAGCGGUCAUUCUGGUCGGCGAUCUGAACAUGAUUGCUCCACUCAUCUCCAACUUUUUCCUAGCGGCCUACUGCCUGGUGAACUUCAGUACAUUCCACGCCAGUUUGGCGAAACCGGUCGGUUGGAGGCCAACGUUCAAGUAUUACAACAUGUGGCUAAGUCUUCUCGGUGCUGUUUUCUGUAUUGCCGUAAUGUUCCUGAUAUCGUGGCCGACAGCGUUGUUGACGUUUGCCGCCGUGCUCUCGCUGUACCUGAUCGUGGCCUAUCGCAAGCCGGACGUCAACUGGGGCUCGACAACGCAGGCACAAACGUACAAGAACGCACUGAUGUCCGUUCAGCAACUGAACAACGUGGAGGAGCAUGUCAAAAACUAUCGCCCCCAGAUACUGGUGCUAGGUGGACAUCCGAGCGCGCGACCAUUGCUGGUGAACUUUGCGUACCUGUUGACGAAAAAGCUUUCGCUGCUGGUUUGCGGCCACGUGACGAAAACGCACGUAUCCCAAAAGUAUCGCAACCACCUCCAGAAGAAGGCCGCCGAGUGGUUCCGUCGACAUAAGGUUAAGGGCUUCUACUCGCUCGUUGACGACAAUGACUUCGAAACGGGUGCUCGCGCGAUCAUGCAGGCCUCCGGUAUCGGCAAGCUGCGCCCGAACGUGCUCCUAAUGGGCUACAAGGCAGACUGGGAUCGUUGUGACCCGGUCGAGCUGGAGCAGUACUUCAACGUCGUCCACAAGGCGCUCGACAUGUACUUAUCGGUGGCAAUACUGCGCGUUAGCAAGGGCUUCGACUAUUCGCAGGUGCUCGGCGAGGAUACGGUCAAGUUCAUCUCGGAGUACCCGCGUACGUUGGUGGCCAACGACAGUACCAACGACCUGCUGGGACACAACAAAGUAAGCUCUCUACACGGCAGCUGCGAUUCACUCAGUCGCAACGUCUCGCAAGAACAAACCGAUGUGAAUGAAAAGAAUGCGAAGAACCUGAAGGCGAGCAGCACCAGUGACCUAAGCAAAACCGUCUCCGUAGCACCGGAUCCGAUCGACAUCAGCGCAAAGCUCAUCACGGAAAACAGUCAACGCUCGCUGAAGCGCGGGGAUCCGUCACUGUUGUACCGUGGGCCGGGCGGUGCCGAGCUCCCGAAAGAGGUGCUGGACGAACUGACGCAGUUCACCUCGAAGAAGAAAACGGGCAUCAUCGACGUGUACUGGCUGUACGAUGACGGUGGCCUGACGCUGCUGCUGCCGUACAUCAUCAGCACGCGACGCAACUGGAGCUCCUGCAAGUUGCGAGUGUUCGCCCUUGCCAACCGCAAGACGGAACUGGAGUUCGAGCAGCGCAACAUGGCGAGCCUGCUGGCAAAGUUCCGCAUCGACUACUCCGACCUUCAGCUUCUGCCGGACGUCACGAAGAAACCUAAUCAGGCAAUGACCGACUUUUUCAAGGGGCUCAUCAAAGAGUUCACCGCUAGGGAUCAGGAGAAUGCAGACGGAAGCACUGCCGCGGCGUCGUGCAUCUCGAAGGCGGAGCUGCUGGCCGUGCAGGACAAGACGAACCGGCAUCUGAAUCUGCGCGAGAACUUGCUGCAACAUUCCAGCAAAUCGGACCUGGUUGUGAUGACGCUACCGAUGCCCCGGAAGGGUGUCGUGUCGGCUCCACUGUAUAUGGCCUGGCUUGAGGCUCUCAGUCGAGAUCUGCCACCAUUCCUGUUCGUCCGAGGCAACCAGACGUCCGUGCUGACGUUCUACUCCUAG